AUGUCUUUAAGUCUCGCCGACGAAUUAGGAGAGGCAUUCGACUCUGGUCCAUCCGGCUCAGUGAUGAGCUUGAAGGAUGAACUUGACUUUGAGCUAGAUGGGUAUGGUGCUCAGCAUCAUGGUGAUGAUGAGGAAUUCGCUUACGAAGGCUAUCAGGAUCAGGCGGAAACUCAUUCGAUGCACCUUGAUCCAUCGCCCUCUCGUAGUCAUACGAUAUCUUCCAGCGGAUUUGCCCCACACCAUCGAACGCAGCUUUCAAAUGAAUCGGGUUCGACAAUUGGACCACUCUCAACUUCCCUUUCAGAUGAAAUUCUAGACAACGGACGCUCAGGAACGCCAGACCCGUCUGACCCACAAAAUUUGUAUCCUUCUUCUACGGAUGAUCUAGACGGGAUGCCCUUAUCGCGCUCUGCCUUUCAGCCGCACAAGAUCGAGAAGGAUCCCAUAGUCAUCCUUCGAUCCGUUCUCGCCUCGACUUCUGCAUUUCGCUCAUCACUGGCCAGCAUAGAUGUCCCGGUAUCAAACUCGUCUCGAAGCGUGCCUUCGGCUGACCGACCUUUUGUCCUCCUCUCCUCUGACGUGGAGGGCCGCCUCAUGCGCUUGCUGGAACAAAUAUUAGAGUCGGAUCGCCGCCGAGAGGACCAAUGUCGCGAGUUGACGAUCUUGCUGAGGGAUAGUGCUUCGGUGAAUUGGGAAGGCAUUGAUAUAUGGGAGAUCGUCGGCGAAGACGUCAUCAAUGGACCAUCGGAUGAUGACGAAGUGGCUACCGCAGGUUUUUCACGAGGGGUCCAGCGCCUGGGUUGGACGGGAGAUCGUCGCUCGCCUCCGCAAGAUGUUUUGGAGAAUUCCUGGAUCGCCGUGCGGGAGACGUGGAGGCCGCCAAAUCCGUCAGGGUUACCCAAUGAAUCUUCGCACGAACUCGAUCCAGAUCAAUUGAUGGAGGUGUCUGACGGACCGCAUCAGACUGUUACAAAUGGCUCUCCUCUCAACGAAUUCUCUGGUACCGACAGGCAACCUCCGAGCAACACCCCUGCCCUGCCUCGCGAAACUGCUCAGCUGAUUCGAACCUCAGAAGAUCUUUCGCGUACCUUGGCUAGCCUCACAGAGACAGCUCACUCAACCUCAUCGCUCACUACCGCCACAGCGAGGCGCAUCAGAGGGAUCAGAGCUGGUGUGGAGUCGUGGCGUGAGCGCGAAGCCCAAGAAGAUGCGGCGAGGGUAGGCGUGAACGACUGGGAGCGGACGAGACUCAAUGCUGGCCUCGGUGCCGUAGCAACCACAAAAGAUAUUUUGGACAGAGAGCUCGAGGGUUUUCGCAAAGCGCUUGACCAUGCUGGAAAACGGAUGGAGACGAUAAGGGGUAGUACAAGGGAUCUGUGGCGGCAGCUGGUGGCUGCUUAA